GCAGUCAGACAGCGGUAGCCGAAGGGAGUUCGAAAACACAUACACAACAUAGCAUAGCACAGCAAACCAAAACAUACUCAGAGCACACAUCAAGCGUACGAAAAAAUCGUCUCGUAUUUACACUUGGUUAUUGUCAUUUUUUGAUACAACUGUUCAGUCGGAUUUUCAAACUCGCACACGUUGUUAGCCGUUUUCACUUUCGACGGCAAGCCGCUUAACAGAAAUCCAUAACAUAAUUUUACCGUAGCUCAUGUAAAACGAACGGAAAAAUGUACGAAUUCUACGUGCUUUUAUAAGCAAAGAAGAAUCAUUCUUUUCACAUAUUUUUUUUUUGUUUCUGUGUUAAUUUUUAUUUAAGAGAAAAAAAAAAUUUGUUAACAAAAUCAAUCAAGUUGUUCUUGCACCCAGUUGAUAAAAAUCGUAGAUUGUUGUGUUAUAUUUAAAUUGAAAAAAAAAAAACGAAUUUGUUUUUUAUUGAUCGUUGAUUGACCUUGCUCGCUGCCACUACACUUUGUCCAUACAUUUGAAUAGAUUUCUAUAAUAAAUAUUGACAAUUUCAUGAAUUUAUAAGAAUAAAAUUGUUGGUAAAAGCAAAAUUUAAUCGGACAUACGCAGCUUAAAGAAAGCAAGUGCAAAUGGUCUAUUCAUUGAACUAAAGCCAAAAUCGAACUUUUGAUAUUCAGACAAAAAUUGUGCCGAACAUUUUUGUAGUGAAUGUGCAAAAUUAAAUUAUUCGAACGAAACAGAUCGAGAGAGAGAGAGAGAGAGAGAGAGAGAGAGAGAGAGAGCGAAAAAAAGAAGCCCUUUUCAAGUGCAGUGUGUGAGUGUGCGUUUCAAAUUUUAAUAUUGUAUAGUGAAUUGCCAGUCCAAGCAGAAAAGUGAUCAACCGGAAAAAAGAGUAAAAUUUGUGCUGCAAUCACGCGCCACUUCCUAAUUCUUUGUAUUGCAUUCUCUCAAAUCGAUUUGGUUUUUCUACCCAAGAGGGAAAAAUCAAAACAAUCGAAAACAACAAACGAAUUAAUAAAUCAAUUUUUCGACGGUUUUUAUUUUAAUUGUUGUUGUUGCGAAAUGAACAUUUUUUGUGAAUAAUUUUCAUCAUUACAUCGCAAAGCAGUCAGAGGACGACGACAGAAUAAAAACCAAACGACGCUACACUGAAAUACAGUGUGCAGUAAAAACAGAGAAAAAAAAAUUUGUUCAACGCAAAUUGUGUGCAUACAGUUAUAGCUCUGAAGACACGAAUUCAGCUAAACCGGAGGUUUAACAUGAGCAGAAUAUAUGCCUCGAAACUAAAACACCGCAGACAAAAGAUCUAAAUCAUAUUUUGAAAGUGAUUCAAAGUGCGCAGAACAUAGUAGGGCAACAUUGUUUUGUGGUUUUGUUUUUGUUUUUUUUUGCUCGAUUGCAAAAAGUCAACGUCAUCAACUUGGAUAUUAUUUUGAGGUAUUUAACGAAGAGAGUUUCGCAUAAUUGGCAAACAACCGAUUAAAAACACACAAACACACCACAUUUAAACCACGUAUCCAAGACGAACCAAAUGAAUCAUCGCACCCACUCAGGAAGCUCACCUACGGUCAUUACGAAUCCAAAUGCUUUUGACAGUAGUAAUUCCGUCACAAAAAAUAGGAUAUCGACGGCAUUCCCAGCGAAUAAAAACAAUCAUCAACGAUUGAAUGCACCGAAAAGUGCGAAUUCAUCGGAUCGAUCAAGUGGCACGAAUAAAAAUCCAUUGAAAAUCGAUUUCGAUGCACUCGAAUCCAUACCAUUUGACGAUGUGACGACUGAUGAUACAUAUCCAGAUGCUAUCAUUGGAUCAACCACAAAUCCCAAUAACCACGAUAGCAACGCUCACAUAUCGGCUGUUUUUAAAAAAUUAACCACAUACUUUUCCCAAUCAUCACACAAAACGCUUACUAAUUUAAAGAUCAAUAAUAAUCGUACAAGUAGCAGUCGUAAAUGUAAUUUAACGAAUAAGCCACGUUUGGGUGAUCAUAAGUUUAGCUGUAAUCAAAAUAGCACUGAUAAUUGUGCCGUAUUCGAGAACUGUAAUACUAUUGCUUCGUUGCCGGUGUCAUUGAAUAGGAGUGAGUGCAGCAGAGAUGACACAUCGUCAUUGCCCAGUGACAAGCAAACGCCUUUUGUGACAACCACAUUGCACACGAAGAAAUCGACAAAUCUUCACCAUUCUAGUGAUAGAAUUAGUGUGAGCAAUAAGAUUAGCGUAAGUGCCAAUGCCAUGUGUCGUGCUGACGAUAGCUAUGCACUCGAUGGCCGAAACAUGACCAUUGCCACAUCAACGAUGCCAUCAUCCAACACCCAAUCCACCAAUAAUCGAACGAAAAACCUGAAGACCACCAUUGAUGGUCUACAAACCGGUGAAACAUUUUCAUUACCGCGGGUUAUUUUAAGACAAAGUUUUGCCUCACCGACAGCCAGUAAUGGAAACCCCCGGAAAAAUGUUAGCAGUAGCAAACGAAGUAAUCCAUCAAUUGUGGAUCGUAGUCGUCGUCGUCAUUCGUUCGGCGAACAAGAGCAAGUGCCAGCGUCACACUAUUCGACCGAGAAAAGUGGAUCGUCUGGUUAUUACAGUUCAAAUGUGUACUCAACGAGUUCCGUUGAAGAUCACAUUUACAGCGAGCCCGUCAUCAAUGACAUCACCGAUAGUAAUCGACGCCGCAAGUUCGACCAAAAACUUGACCAGCAAAUUGGUUUGGCGAACUUGGAAAAGAGUAUCAAAACAUUGGAAAAGCAUUUAAAAUGUUUGAAUAAAACAAAUAAUAAAGCAGUUCCUACUGGUGAACAGCCGCAGAAAACACAAGAGCCGAUUCAGGAAUCGACGCCGAAAACCAAUGGCAGUGUGGAUGAACCAACCAAACGAUUGCCCACUAUUGUUGAAGGAAUGGAUAACAACGCAUUGGGAUUGGUGUCGUAUGGACGAACUGAUAUCGAGACUAAGAGAAGAAGCGAUUGGAAUGCAAAUACAAACGACGAUUCAUUCAUGGAUUUGGACUUGGAUACAUUUCUGUUGAUCGAUGAAACGCGAGACAAAAAGAAUAAAUCUAGUUUCAGUCAGACUCGUGGCGAGGGUAUUGAAAAUCCGACAUUCCAAUCAGACAAUGAACAUGAACACGACCAAGCUGACAGUGGACAAGAAGUUGACGAUGACGACGACGACGAUCGCAACAGCGACAAUGAUGAUAAUGGUGGUGACGGUGACGAGGAUGGGCACAGCCAUACCGAUAAUGGAGGUGACAAUUGCAAAACAACCGCCCGAAACAGUGAUGAAAAUAACUACAAGUGCACGAAAUAUAUCAAUUCAUGCCCGGACGAUGCUUACAAUGUUGAUGAAAUUACCGACUACAAAUAUGAGCAGCAUCACUUCCAUUCAUUUCUAAACAAUAAACUGAUGCCAUUCUAUAUGAGAAACAUCGAAGAUCAAUUGAACCAUCAAAACACCAAAGACAUUUUAGAAGAGAUUCGCGAGAAAUUGGCCGUGCUAAUGAAACCAAGCAGCGAUUCUGAGCACGAGAGCUCAGCCGAAUCGGACGGCAUUAGUUCAUCGAAGAGUAAUUCAAAAACGGUUUCACUGAUGCGUAAUAUCACCGCAUUGAAACUGGAUGUUGACAAUUACCUCGUUAUGAUGAACCAACAAAAUGAACUUGAAAUCAGAGCAUUUUGCUCGGGACUGUCAAAAAACUAUAAACUGCUGACGAUGCAACAUGCACUGGAUAACCGCACAAGACGACCCAAACUGUCGACAUCAGACAUCGGAUCAGAGGUGUACAGUAACAGUAACAUUAACAGUAACAGUAACAGCAGUAGUAGUAGUCAUCAUCAUCAAUCGCAAGAUCGACGACGACGACGAUUGAAAAACCAGAUGAAACGCAAUCAGGGUACCAAAAAUCAGAUGCGAACAUGGAAGAAUCAAUCAAAAAUACUGCUAAAUACGUACGAAAAUGAUUCGAUUCGAUGUAGUAGCAGCGAUAGUAAUUUUCAACUGCAGCGACGUCAUUCGGAUUCGAUUUGUUCUAGCUGGGAAGACAGCCAACAGAUUAUGACGACAAGUAGCAGUGGACGAGGCAGUAGUGGUAGUGCACAUAGUGACAAUAGCAUCGGAAACGAAGUUAUUAUUCCAAUUGAAGUAGAAACGUUGUUGAAUACAUCGAAUCGAGAUGCGACCCGUUUAUCGACACCUGUAUCGAAUGAUGCAUCUGAAUCGAGUACAUCGAUCGAAUUGAGUACAUCUAUCGAAUCGACUUCGGUUUCGGUUUCUGUCCCAUCAAGUAAUGGCCAUAUUGAAAAUAAUUUGGCAAUGCAACAGCCAUCGCUGGUCGUCGUUGACAAUGCAAAAGAUGUGACAAACGAUGAAAAAGACAUUAUGUUGGAGUGGCAUCGAAAUAAGCCCAGCAUUUGGCAGCAAUACUAUGGAAGCAAGCGUCUUAAAUAUAGUAACAUGGUGAAAAAGAUCAAAGGAAAAUUUGAUGUGAAUACGGCUGUGAUGUCCUAUCCGUCAACUCGACCGGAAACCGAUUUUACAUUGGACGUACCACGUGCGGAGCAGUUACGCAUCAAAAUGCAGCAAGAGAAGAAAUUUCGAUGUCGAUGUCGUUUCAUGCUGGCAUUCUUUAGUUUGGCAUUCUUUUUGAUGACCGUCGUGAUAUUUAGUUUGAUGUUGAGCCGAGGGAAGCGUAUGUUUGGCAGCAUGGUGACGCUCUGACAAACCAUUCGGAGGAUAAACUAUUUUAUUAUUUAAUUCGAUAUUGAUCUGUUAUAAAUAUCUCCCAUAAUCAAACCAUAGAUUUAGAACAAAAACCAUUUAGUGUUUGAAGACAAAAAAAAAAGCGAAAAACCGGUGGGAAAUUUUUUUUCCCUGCAAAAAAGGCAAUAUGAAGACGCCAAGCGCAUCAUCAAAAACUUCAAGUUACUGAACCCUGACACUGGCUCUGAACCGAGAGCCAAUGUGACGGGAUAUUAUUACCAAAUAGGAACAUCAUAGUAAUUUAUAGACGAAUCGAAAGGAAAACCAACUUAUAAAAAUGCAUGGCAAUAUUAUUUAAUUGAUUUAAAUUAUGAAUUCAAAUGUUUUUUUUUCUCGUUUAGACUUAAGGAAAUACAGACCGGCGCAUAUUGUGAAAAAUGUAUGGCAUACAAAAAAUGUUGACGCCAAGGAUUGAUUUUUUUUGUAGUAAAAAAAAUACCAAGAAUUUUAUGUUGAUUUUGUCUGUGGCUUUGGUAAAUUGUGAUGCCACUUUUACGAAAUACAUAGAUUAUGAGUGCAUUUUUACGCGCUAAAUUCCAAUAAACAUUACAGUUUUUUUCAAUGAUUUUUUUUUACUUUUUAAUUAGCCGGGUGUUCUGUCACCCUGAACAAAGCGCAUCCAAUGAAUAAUUUUCAAUCAUUGCUUCCUUAUUGCGAUUGUAUUGUAUUUACCAUUUUUUUAUUUAAUUUGUAUACGUGUUUUAAUUGGUAUAUUGAUUAUUUUAUAUAUGAAAUCCGCCGAAAAAUGUUUACCAGGCAAUUUAUAGUUACUGCAGAAAAAUUCUAAUCAUUAGGACUAUAGAUUUAGCGAGAGAGAAAUAAAAAGUGUGUGCAUUUGUUAGUUUCCGAUGAAUUAUGGCCGGUUCAUCGAAACGUAAGGAAAAAAAAGGGUAAUCGUUAGUCGUGCUUUGAUCGCAAAGCAUGGCAAGGAAUGUGUGAUUUUUUUUAAUGGUUUUUUGUAUGCUUGUGUGUGCGCUUGUGAACUGAGAUAAAGUUAGAAAACAGAAGAAAAAAACCAAGUAGCAAACAUUUCAUUUAGCAGUAAAUUGUAGAAAUUAAGAGCAGAAACUGCAAUCACUAUUGAAUAAAAUCAUUGAUUUAUUGAAUUUUGGCAUGAAUUAUAGCUACGACACAAAAAUAUACACACAAAAGAUAGAUAAAAUGACAGAUAAGAGGGAAUGAAUGUGCUUUAUGUCGAUAAUAAAUUAUUAAUCUAUAAAAAUUAUCUAAGGAAUAAAUAAUUUCAUUCCAAAACUAA